AUGGGCCCGAAGGGAAUAGGCGUCUCAAACCUUCCGAAUGUGAAGUACAGGAACUUUUGUAAGGCCGGUAUCGACUUCAACAUUAUGACAGUAGGCUCUAGCGGACUAGGAAAGACGUCUUUCAUCAACCAGAUGCUUGGUGUAUCUGUUCUUCCGGCAAACCCAUUUGCCGAUUCAUCAAGCUCCAUAUGCACCGGUGAUGCCUCAUCAGCACAUAUGGCUUCAGAGAGUGCCAAAUACUUACACAAAAACUCAGCUCUCAACAUCCAGGUUUCGAAAUUCUUUGUGAUGGAGAACGGAUUCCAAACACGUGUCACCAUCACCGAAGUUGAUGGCAUUGGAGAUAGUGUGAACAAUAACGGUUGCUGGGAGCCUGUUGCUGAUUUGUUGCAAGAAAACUUCAAAGACUUCAUGCAUCAGGAAAGAAGAAGUGUCAGGUCGCUCAUCAAGGACAAGCGGAUCCACUUGUGCCUGUACUUUCUGGAGCCAAAUCCAACACAUGUAAGAAUGGCAGACAUCUACACAAUGAAGGAAAUAUCAAAGAUGUGCAAUCUGAUCCCGAUAAUUGCAAAAAGCGACCUUCUGAACGAUGCAGAGCGAGCAGAGUGCCAUGAAACAGUUACAGGCAUUCUUUCUUCAGAGGAAAUCGACACGUUCUGUUUGGAGUCCAGGCAUGAUGACAAUCAGAAAGCACGAUGCCCGUAUUUUGUGAUAUCUGGCAACAUGGGGUUUGAGGACGGGCAUAACCAUAAGAGAGAGUAUCCAUGGGGCAUUAUGGAUCUUCACAAAACUGCAUGGAAUGACUUUUACUUCCUUGUGGACUCGCUGAUAUCAAAAAACCUGAUCAACCUUGUCAGGGCCACAGAAACCUUCUACGACGAUUAUAGGGCUCGGGAGAUCGGCAAGGCAGUGACCAGUGAGUCCGAGGCUCUUAAACAGGACGACAUCAAGCUUACAAAGGAAAUCCAGAAGAAAAUCAAAGAAGAUGAAAGGAUAAUCAUGGAGUUGAGAUCAAGGCUACUGGAAAAGAAGAGGGCAUACGAAGCAAAGCUUCUCCAGAUGCACAUCAAUCGAAUCGAUAAAAAAUAA